GACCGAAAUCAUCAUUCAACUUAGCCGACAACCCUCCGAAUCACAAGUCUGGGAGUUUGAAUUAUUGGGCGAAUGAAACCACAUCCACCUGUCAAAAACAAGCGUAUACCAAGCCGAUUCCGCGUAGCGCUGUAGCCUUUGACACGAGACGAUCCCAUCGUCGUCGUUGUCGUUAUCUUCAGCGAUCACCGCUACCUCUUCCACAACCUCCCUUUUCAAGCCCACGAACGCCAACCAUGGAUCACACAGCUUUCAUACUCGAGACAGCGCACCAAAUAUACGCCCGCGCCAACGAGACAGAUGCGACCGACGCAGACAAAGAAAGUCGGCCCCCUGCCUACAAGGCCAUUGGUAUUGGCUUGGCCGUCGGCUCGGGGCUCUUCAUAGGGACUUCAUUCGUGUUAAAAAAAGUUGGUCUGCUCAGGGCCAAUGAGAAAUACCAGCAGGCUGCAGGUGAAGGUUACGGCUACCUGAAAAAUGCUCUUUGGUGGUCUGGAAUGAGCUUGAUGAUUCUCGGCGAAAUCCUCAACUUCGUCGCAUACGCCUUUACCGAUGCUAUCCUAGUCACGUCGCUCGGAGCUAUAUCGGUUGUUAUCGCCACCGUGCUCUCCGCCAUCUUCUUGAAGGAACGGCUCAGUUUGAUUGGCAAGGUCGCAUGCUUUCUGUGUGUAGUUGGAGCAGUCAUCAUCGUCCUCAAUGCCCCUACGGAAUCUUCCGUCGCGAAUAUCCAAGAAAUGCAGCACUACGUCAUUUCACCUGGGUUUCUAUCGUAUGCAGGUGUCAUCGUCGUGGGUGCUAUCUUCCUUGCUGUUUGGGCGGGUCCACGAUAUGGCAAAAAAAAUAUGUUCACAUACAUAUCCAUUUGCAGCUGGGUUGGCGCCCUAAGUGUUGUUGCUACGCAAGGCCUUGGUGCAGCGAUUGUCGCACAAAUCGGUGGCGAGCCUCAGUUUAAUCACUGGUUCCUUUAUGUUUUAUUUGUCUUCAUCAUAGGAACUCUCGUCACCGAAAUCAUAUAUCUCAAUAAAGCACUAAAUAUUUUUAACGCAGCUAUGGUCACGCCCACGUACUACGUUUAUUUCACCAGUACCACUAUUAUCACUUCGGCUGUAUUGUUCCGGGGUUUCAAAGGAACGGCUGUCCAAAUUAUCACUGUGGUGUUCGGGUUUCUGGUGAUCUGCUCCGGCGUAGUAUUACUCCAAUUAUCCAAGUCGGCUAAAGAUGUGCCUGACACUGCCGUUUUCGCCGGUGAUUUAGACCAGAUUCAAACCAUUGCCGAACAAGAGCAGCCUGAAACUGAGCCCAAAGCUGAUGCCUUACGUGGUACUGCUGCUAUCUUGCGGCGUAUCUCCAACGCGAGAACCAAGAUGGAACACGAGGAAUUUAAACGUCUGCAUCACGAGAAAGAAAUGGAGCGACUGGCCACACUUAGUGAAGAUGGCCAGCCUGAACAAUUUGAGUGGGAUGGGCUACGACGGAGGAGAACAACUAUGGGUAGUAACCGGAGCCGCCCGUUUACGAGCCCUAGUCCGGCUCAAACUCCCCAUCCACCCCUAGGUCGCACACGGUUACUUAGCGAUGAUGAACUCGAAGAGCUUGAAAGGGAGAGGCAGAUGUCGCCAGGCGUUCUCUCUAGUAUUGCGGGCACCAUUCGUCAACGCGCCCGCAGUGUUUUGCACAACCGGCCGGAGCUCCCUCACCAAGAGAGAUUAAAUAACAGUGCGUCAGCGCUGGGUCAGACACAUCCAGUGCAGUUGACCCACAUUGCAGUUCCUGAGCAAAGUUAUGACGGUGAGGCUGGCCCACUAGGUUAUGGACUGCGGACCGACUCGUAUCAUACCGAAUAUAGCGGCGCGGGCGAUUUCUCGUCGAAGAACAGUGAUCGACACAUACAAUUUUCGGAGACGCCAAAGCCAGGGGCAAGCAUGACCUCACUCGUUCCGCCGACGCCGCCACCUCAUGGCGAGCAGCCUCACGCAGCACGUCGGCAGUUCUCGUUCCAAAAUGUAUUCCGUCGGCAUCAAGCUGACAGAGUACAGGAACCAGCGCUGCCGUCGAUGCACGAACACUCGCUGAGGCAAGGACUGAGAUCACGAGGAUACUCGGACCGGAGCGCCAGGGUGAAGAACGCGACUGAGGAGGAGAGGUUAGGGCUCGUAACAGGCGACUCACAGUCGAUGCCGGCACUGCCCCGUUAUGAUGGGGAUUUAGAUGACGACGACGACCUUUCGCCGGACGAAAAGCAUACGGCGAGGUAUGAUAGAGGCAUUACAAGCAGUCCCCCGGGAAGCAGAAGUGAUGAUGGCGACGACAAGAUGUACGACGAGUACGACGAGGACAGCCGGCGAGAGUGGAACACCAGUCGGCAUCCCAGCAGGAGCAGAGACGCGUCAUCGCGGCACUCGACACCCCCUUUACCACAAAACCCACCGUCUUACCGUCGAGGUGGAGGCGGUGAUGACGACGCGUUUCUCUAAGAGUACCGAGAAAUGAUGAUGAGACACGAUCAACAUUUAAUAUAUAUAUGUUUCCUUGUCCACUUUUGAGCAACAGUUGUACCAAUAGUCA